AUGGCACCUCUCAAGAUCCUGAUAGUAGGUUGCAGCAUUGGUGGACCUACGCUCGCCAUGUUCCUACUUCUGUCCGACCUCCCCGCUUGUGAAAAGCCUCACAUCACCAUCCUCGAGCGAUCAUCGUCUAUCCGCAAACAAGGCCAGAACGUUGACAUUCGUGGCGCCGGUGUGACCAUCAUCCGCAAACUUGGCCUCGAAAACGUAAUUCGCGCGUCCACGACAGGCGAGAUCGGCGUGCAGAUAGUUGAUGCUGCCAAUCGUGUGUGGUCCUCCAAUACAGCGGAUAAGUCUGGCCACGUAUCGACUCCGACUGCGGAUAUCGAGAUUUUGAGGGGCACAUUGGCAGACAUCUGCUACAGAAGGAGUCAAUCCAUUAGCGAGGAAGUUCAACGCGCGGGUGGAGCCGGAAUCGCGUAUAUGUUCGGAGACCAUCUCGAUGCGCUGGAGCAAGACGGAAAUCAAGUGCACGUCCGCUUUGCGAAGAGUGGAAAGAGGCAGAGUUUUGACGUGGUGGUCGGUGCGGAUGGGCUUCAAAGUGGGACACGCAGUCUUGCUUGGGGAGCGGAGGGAGAAAAGGACAGGAUAAAGCGGUUGGGUAUGUAUGCUGCGUUCUUCAGCAUCCCCAGGGGGCCCACGGAUACCGAAUGGCGCCGCUGGUACCACGCUCCAGGACGGCGAGGGAUAAUGGUCAGACCAAGUGAUCAGAAAGAUAGGACCACUAUCUUCAUGUCUGUCGUCAAUGAAGAAGACGAGAGGCUCGUUCAGGUGGCUUCAAAAGGGCGGGAAGAUGUGGGCGCCCAGAAGAAACUGAUGGCGGAGUAUUUUCAGGAUGCCGGCUGGGAGAGUUCACGCAUCAUAGGGGGAAUGAUGGGGACAGCCGACUUCUACUACGACAUGAUAGCACAGGUGAAGAUGAACAAGUGGUCUAAAGGUCGGGUCGUACUGCUUGGCGACGCUGGCUACUGCGCCUCCCCGAUCUCAGGCAUGGGCACUACGCUUGCUUUCACCGGUGCAUAUACCCUCGCCAGCGCUCUUCUACGCAACCCAGAAGACCCUCCCGCCGCUUUCGUCGAGUACGAGGCAAAAAUGCGACCUAUGGUAGGUCGUGCUCAGAAAUUGUUCCCUGGUGCGCCGCAUAGCAUGAAUCCACAAACAGCAUGGGGAAUCUGGAUUCUGCAUGCUAUCUUUUAUGCUGUAAAGCGAUCGGGCCUGGCACAUGUACUGUUCUUCAUUGCGUGGAUUGUCAGUCGCCUGGGCUUGGCGACGCUGCUCUAUCGUAUCGGGGGCCCACCAGCGAACACCGUGCAGGUGGAGGAGUAUGGAUUCCGACAGCUGCCCGAGUGGAGUAGAGUUGAGAGAUGA